UUUCCCAUUCCCCAGAUAUAAUAAAGGCGGCCCUAUUUUCUUCUCCUUCUACUUGCAUCCAAGCGCGCCCCAAGACAAUGGAGUCUUGCUCUUGGCCCGACCAUCUUCCUUCAGAUCGACGACGAGCCAUUGCUGAGCUCGUUAAAGGCCGAGAUUUCGCCCUUCAGCUUCGCGAUCUCGUUCAUAGCAACAACAAUAAUGUCUCAGUCUCACUUCAACAGCGCAUCAAUCAGGAUCUUGUGCUCAACAUACUCAAUUCCUUCACCAACACUCUCUCCAUUUUGAAGAGAAGUAAUGGUGAGUCCGAUGAAGUUUCUCAAGUUCCAACCCCUACCCACUUCACCCGGGACGCUGAUGUUCCUCUUAAGUCUGAGGAUUCAGAGGGAAGUAGUAAAACUACUUCAACAAUCAAAGAUCGGAGAGGAUGCUACAAGCGAAGAAGGUACUCUGAUUCAUUUACCAAAGAGACCCCUACCCUGGUAGACGACGGCCAUGCAUGGAGAAAAUAUGGACAGAAAGUGAUUCUCAAUGCAAAAUACCCAAGGAAUUAUUUCAGGUGUACUCACAAGCUUGACCAAGGUUGCCAGGCAACAAAGCAAGUUCAACAAACUGAAGACAAUCCUCCAUUGUAUCGUUCAACAUAUUACGGUCAUCACACAUGCAAGAACUUGCUAAAAGCUUCUGUGCAGCUUCUGUGUGAUUCAUCUUCAAAGGAUCAAUCUUCCAUGAUCAGCUUUGGCAACAAUACCCACUUCACAGAUAAACACAACACCCAUUUUUCUCUUCCUUUUCAUCAUCAAUAAAGCAGGAGUAUAUCAGCCACAACAGCAACCCCUCUUCAUCGUCCGAUCAUCAUUAUGAUCUGUUGCAUCAUCAGGAUGACCAACUCACAACAUUGCUGUCUUCUGAUCAUGGGGAUGUGAUUUCUGGGGGCAAUUCUUCAUCCUCAAGUUUGGACAUGGAGGUCAUGGUGGAUGAAUCUGUUAACUUUGAUGAUGAUAUUUUGGAAUUUGUCUUUUGAUGGAAAUAUGUUCAUGUAUCAAUAAUACUAAGACUCUCCUUGUUAAUUAAUUUCUACUGUAACUGCCUUUCAAUGUAUAAUAUAUGAAAUAUUUAACUUCUCCA